ACUGAGCAAGUGCACAAAUCACCAAAGCACUGCUAAUCUAGAAUUAAAGCACAUGACAGAUGCAAUUCUGAACUAAAUGAUUCAGAGUGUGACAUUAGCAUGAUCUCUCAGCGGCCACAGAUUUGAUUUCUACACAGUUCAGUUCAGGAGGAUUUUUCAGGCACUUUUGAACACAUUUGGAGCAAUGCAAGGAUUAGAAACACACUUCGCCUGCAGCAGUGAGUGAGGAAGCGUUCGAGAGCAGCAUGACGAACGAGACGGAGACCGCAAGAGUGGCCUGCGCUCCGGAGAUCAGGAGAGAAUAUGAGCUGGGACCGGCUGUUACCUGCUCGCUCUGCCUCGCUCUGGGGCUCAUUUACUGUUUCUGCGGUUACCGCUGUUUUAAGACGGUGCUGUUUGUGUCGGGCCUGGCGUGGGGCGCUGCUGUGGGACAGCUGCUGUGUGUGCAGGAGCGUCUGCUGGACGGCUGGACGCGGGCGAGCGUCUCUCUGGGCGUGGGUCUGCUGGCGGCGCUCGUGGCGGUGCUGGUGCGGAGCGUUGGGCUCUUCCUCACUGGCCUCCAACUGGGAGCGCUGCUCUCCGGCGCCGCCCUGCUGCUGCUGGGACAGUAUUACCCCGUGCUCAGCCCGCCGUGGGCCCCUGUCGGCGCGGUCGUAGGAGCCAGUGUCUUCUGUGCCGUCAUCACUCUGUGCUGGAGGAAGGCCAUGAUGGUAGCUGCUACGGCUUCGGUCGGGGCCGCGGGGGCCACGGUGUGUGUGGGUUACUGGGUGGAGACGCCUGUGCUGGUGCUGCGGGCGUUUGAGGGUCUGAAGACACAACAGGGCUUGUGCUGGUACAGCUGGCCGGUGAUUGGGAUUUGGCCUGUACUCACAGCACUGGGGAUGCUGGUCCAGUGCAGAAUCACAGCGCAUUCUGACGAGUGUGUGACGGGUGAACAGAAGCAGCUGGAUCUGACGAGGAUCAGACAGACGCGUGGCCGCAGACCGCCGGCCCUCCAGCGCUACACGGGAGACGUGCUGGCCCCGAGUUAUCUGGCGAGUCUGCGAGAGCGGCAGACACACACGGGCUCCUCGCUGUGGAGCUUGAGCUCCGUUCAUCACAUCAUGAUCGACUUUGAUUCUGAGACGGGAUCGCUGGUGCCUCUCACUACUUCAGCGUCGGCUCUUCUCAGACUGUAAAGCAAUCGCACGUGAUCUCGGAGGACGCAUCUACUCCGCUGAUCUGAGUCUGCAGUUCACCUCAGCUGCACGCAAACACACUUACUUUACAAAUAGCUUCAGUCUUAUUCACAAGACACUGAUUAUAUUGAGAUGUUUAUUAAAGCUUGUCUCCGAGCGUGGUACGGCUGUAUGUGGACACCGGGCUUCUGCAGGUCUGAGAGAGGGUUCAAAGAGUCUUCAUUCACUCUUCCACAAAUGAAGGCCUAAAAAGCUCUUAAAUCAGAGCAGAAAGUCUUAGAUUCAUAAAGUCGUGGCAUGCUGUGCUAAAAAUGAAUGUCUUCCUCAGUAUUUCUGUCUUGUUCUUCAGUCAAAUAUCUAAACAUCCUUAAAUCAAGAGAACCUGUUUCACUUUGAAUUAAGUGGAUUUUUCCGACUCUGUUGGCAGAUAUCUCUUGUCGCUUUGACCAUUUGACUUCUGUUCAAUUUAUUCUCUUCACUUCAAAACUUUUCACUAAAUGUAUCUCCAUAAAACCUGCAGAAACCCUGUUAUAUAUCAAAUUUCACAAAUGAAAAUAACUUGCUGAAUUUUGAUCAGUGAGUAUUUUGUUGAUUUGUGUGAUUCAUGUUCUGCUGGUGGUCAGUAAGUUUCAUUGAGUCGGGCUUUCAGUCCUGCUCCUGGGGGCCCACGGCUCUGUCUCCUUUAUUUAACGCCUGAUUGAGACCAUCAGCUGGUUAGGAGAGGUCCAUGUGUGUCAGAGACAUCUGAUUGACUUUAUCAGGACGCUCUGUAGAUGACAGACAGCGGAUUAGCCCAGCAUGAGUUUGAAAAGUAGUUUUACAGCAAAAAAAGAUUAGACACAAUCCAGGCAUCCAUGGAAAAAAUAAAAGUUUCUGGAAAUGAUUCAUGAAAAUGCAUUGGCACACGUCUGAAGGUUGGAUUUGAUGAAGUACAGCACGAGUGUGUGUCAGUGUGCUGGAACUUCCUGAUGUUCCCUACUGAGGGCACUAAAACAGGCUUGCGCUAUUCACUCUGAACUGUUGGUGUUUCAGCAUCAUUUUACAUUUAAAGCGUCUUUGCUGUCAUUUGAAAUGAUUAUUUCUGUAAUGACAAACAGGUGUUUUUAUUCUGUGCUCUGUUUUCCUCUAAACUUCACAGCAUAUUUUCAUUGUACAAAAAUGAAUUCCGCGUAAUGAACUAAUGCAUUAUUCUCUAUUAGCGUUCGUGCAGAAUGAAAGACUUCCUUUAAAUGUGUUAUUAGAUGCGUUUAUCUCUGCAUCUCUGAAAAUGAUCUUAUUUCCUCCAGUUAAUACAUUUACUAGCCAUCCACUGUCGUGUAAAGACACUAUAACUUACAACUGUGACUUUCGUUUCAAUUCUUUUUAUUAAUACUCAUUUGAAUAAUAAAAAAUGAAUCAAAAGUGAUUAAAAGCUUAUGUGCGUCUAAUACAUCAGUUACUAGAGUCAUGCAUAAGUAUAUAUACAUGUACAGUAUAUAUGUGCUCAUGUAUACAUCAGAGAUGACUAAUAAACUGCUGACAAUGA